AGCGGCUCGAGCCAGCCAACAGUCCUUUUGCUCAGUGCGAAAGGAUUUAGUUUGCUUGUGAAACACGCAGUCCAAUGAAACUCCAUAUCUGGUUUGCGGCUCUGCUGUGCCUUGGCCAGUCUUUGCGCGACCCCGGCGAGAACAAGAACGAGCUGAAGACGGAUGACAACGAUACGACCAACGACACUGAGGUAAGUGCCCUGAGAGGCGGUCUCAUGAGGAUGUCUUCAAAGAUGACGUUGAUGAACGAUUCUUCGCUCGAUGAGUCUGAUAGAGAGGAGAUUGAAGAGGAGGUGGCGAUUAAUCACAUGCCGCGGAGCACCGAGAUGCCCAGCUGGUUUGAGAUCUACAGCCAGGAUCCCAAGGGGGAGCUGCACAUGAGUGUGGGUUUCUUGAUAUUGAUAGCUGCGGCUCUGCUGCAAUACACCCUCCGGCCAAAGCCUCGCCAGGAGAAGGAGCCAAACUUCUUGGAGCAGGGCAGAAUAGAGGCAGAUGUAGAUGCAGACGCUAGCGAUGACGAAGAGCUCAAGCCUGGUCUUGGCAUGCGCUUUUGGGACGACAAGAUUGAAGAAGACUGGGAGCAGGAUAGCUACCCCAAGAACAAGCAGCGUGGCGCCGUGCUGUUGGCACUGGUGGCUGCCGGCAUGGCGGUGGAUCGGUGUUACGCCUUACACGAGCUGAGCACCUGUAGAGGGGACUGGUUCGUGGAGAAGGUGGUGGAAGUGAUCUCCAUGGUGAUCUUGGCCAAGGUCUUUGGCUUCUUAGCCUUCCUGCAAGCCUUUGACGGCUCCUGGGAUGUCCCUUACUGGGCAAUCCUUGGGUUCUUCGCCAUCUUCUUCAUAGUGGCCAAUUUGUGGCCUUUGGGGAACUCGUGCGAUGCGCUCGUGAUCAUGAGCAAGGUUUGCACAGAUCCGGCCAUCCUGGUUGCUGCAUCCAAAAAGGACUGCACGCUGCAGGGCCACACUGCUUGCCAAAUGCUCCAGCUUUGGGUGUUGAUCAUGCCGUAUUCGCUGCCUCAAUUUCGGCGCUGGCACUUCACCUUUGCAUGGCUGGCGAUGGUCUACAUUGGGAUCAGCUGGCUCUAUGCGGAAGUGUUUCAGGAGAAAUCGCACAUCAAUGACCUGCCCGUACACUUUGCACUUCUCGUUGUCACGGCAGUGCUUGGCACUAUGAAGAAAUACUUCCUGGAGAAGGGCAUGCGGCGGCACUUCAUAGAAGACAAUGCGCAGCGCAAGGCCCUCGAGAGAUUGUACACCAUUUUCGAUGGCAUGGUGCCAAAAUAUGUAAUCCCACGGAUGCUCACGCAGGAGCCCAUUGCCGACUACAGGGAACGGGUUACCAUCCUGUUUGUGCUCAUCCACGACUUCCACGUUGAAGAUGCCAAUGCUGCAUUGCAAUUCCUCAACGAGUACUUUGGGAAGAUGGAUGACAUUUGUGCUGCAAACAAGGUCACCAAGAUUGAGACAGUGUCCGAGGAAUACGUCGCCUGUGUGGGUGUCCUGCCAGAGGACCUGCCGCCUGAUGAGAACUCUACCAUAGAGCACCACCAGCGGCUGCUGGAGCGUCUCUUUGCGGCAGCUCACGAGAUUCGCCAGCUGCAGUCGGAGAAAAUCAAGUUCAAGAUGGGAGUGCACACUGGCGAGAUCCAUGCUGGCGUGAUUGGCCAGAAGCUGCCGAGAUUCCGUCUCUUCGGAGACACCAUCAAUACUUCUGCCAGGAUGAUGCAGAAGGCGGCACCUGGGCAGCUCAUGUUUGGAGAGGCAACCAACAAUUUGCUUCCAAACUCGUUGGCAUCCGUGACGAUGCCAUACAAGAACAAGGACGGUGGUGACACCGUGGUCAUGAAGGGCAAGGGGGAUGUCCGGGUCUUUCUUUUUGAACCGGCCAGCAGCUGGUCGCCGCCCAAACAGGUGGAGGAGACCAGCUCGCUGUCUUCGGGCAAGGUCAAGGAGACAGAGGUCAAGGAGGAGGUUGACAAGGUCCUGCGGCAUGUGGCCGGCUCGCUGCGCGAGGUCAGAGGUUGGCUGCUGUCGGAGAAGGCUGACUUUACCUCGGAGGAUGAGCUGCAGCAGAACCGGCACAUGUUCUCUGAGGCGAAGUUCCAGGAGUGGUUCCACAACACCAACUUCGUGCGGAGGUUCCGGCCGCGCCUGCAUCGCCAGCUCCUGCUCAUGGCGGUCAUGACGCUUUUUGACCUGAUUCACAUGGAGCACACCAAAGCGUGGGAAAUAAAGGACAAAGCAACGGGCAUGCUGCCCAACAUUGGUGAUUGCCGCUUCACCGUGUUGCUGACCUGCCGGGGCGGCGUGUUGGCCUUGGGCCUUGCUUGGUCCUACUUUGCCCGCACCCCGGCCUUCCUGGAGAAGCGGAUGCAGGCGCAGUGGGGGCUGGUGGCCACGAAUAGCGUGGUGGCCUGCUUGAUGUUUCUGUCCUACGAUGCCCUGAUCUUCCCGCAGAUCACAAAGAGGUACAGCGACAUGGGAGCCUUGGAGUUUUUCAACCAGCAGCUUUCUCUAGUCUUCGUGCUGGCUUACUUCAUUGUGACCAACACACAUCCUGCGCUUUUUCACCAAUCCUUGGUUUAUAUUCCCGUCGGCACCAUUUUUAUGCUGCUGCGCGACCGCACCAGUCUCUACAUCUCCAACAUCGGCCGGGUGGUGUUCCUGUGCACGGUGCUGGUGAGCUGCAUGCUGGCCCACCUUUUGGAGCAGACCUCGCGGGCCAGGUUCAAGGCCAAGAUGCGGGUAGAGCAAACCCAGGAACGAGUCGACGUAGUGCUCAAGAGCCUGAUGCCAACCGAAGUCUUAGCGGAAAUGAAGCUCGGUCCAGCGAAGUCCCACCUCUACAAGCAGGCCACCAUUGCCCAGUCGGACCUUUGCGGCUUCACGCAGCUGGCGUCCGACAAGACACCGGUGCAGGUGGUCGGCUUCGUGAGGGAUCUCUUCGGGAGGUUUGAUGACCUCACCAACGAUCCCCGGCAUAGGGUCUACAAGGUCGAGACGGUGGGUGAUGCCUACAUUGCAGGCAUGGCGGAAAGGCCCCUGACAGCCACCAAGAGCUCGGUGGAGGUGGUCCUUUUUGGCAUGGCCAUGAUCGAGGCGACGGCUCGUUGGGCAGAGGCCCUGGGGGUAAAGGUGACCUGCCGCGUGGGUGUGCACUACGGCGAGUGCGUGGGUGGCGUGGUCGGGAAAGGCAUGCAGCGCUACCACUUGUUCGGGAAGUUCAUGGGCGAGGUGGACACCCUGGAGGCAACCAGUCGUGAGGGCAUCACGCAGAUCAGCAAAGCCUGCAAGGAGUCCAUUGUGGAGGAGCUUCUUGGCCGGAAGGCGAGUUCUGAGGCCGAAGCUCUGGAGGCACUCCAGAAGGAGUUUCCUGGUGCCGUGGAGCGCACAGAUGAAAAGCUGACCACUUCCAAGGGGGAGGAGCAUGACUACGAGGAGGUGGGUGGGCGCACUAUCCUGAUCUACAAGGAGAAGGGCGACAUCCCAUCGAAGUGAGACAGGAUUAGUGCAUGCUUCAUCCCGAGUCACUUAGACUUGACUGCUUUGUACAAAGACGGACCGAAGAGAUGGCCAAGAGCCACUUGUGGCACCGAAGGAUGUGCCCGUUUAGCGUCUCACGCUACACAGAGCCCUUGGUAUAUCUGAGGGCAUCAGGGCCUGGCUGCUCCAGGGGCUGAGGGACAGAGCCCAAGCGAAGGAAUAAGGCCAGGAGUGCGAACACAC